AUCCGACUGUAGUGUAUUGCGUACGCGUUGGAGAGAUAACACUGCGAUAACAGUACUUUGUAGUUUGUACUUUCCAAAAUAAUCGUAUGCCUGUGUGUAGGACUGGCUCUGCACCUGUGUGUGUCCUCUUUGCCCCCAAAAGCUCGCGUUCACGAAAAUCGGGCGACACCUGCUGGUGAACUUUUUAAUUCGGAUAAAUAUUUGGGUUGUUGUUUUAUGGAGGUCAUGUUUGUUUAUUAUUAGACGGGGACUCCGAAAUGCAUUUUAUGUUAAUAGCUCGAUAUCUGUAUUUUACGCAAGCUGAAAUUGAAGAUCUAUCAGGCAAAAUAUAUUUUUGUCGAUAAAAAAUCGGAGCAUUGAUUUUUUUACCGUCUGCUAGACUCGGACGGUAAAGUAGCAAAGUGUAGUGGCGCUGUUUAUAAGUGUUAUACCCGUUGCGCUCCAUGUGCAACAUGCUGUUUUGUUUACUUUGAUUAAAGACGACUAAGAACCGAUAUAAACAAUGACUGUCGAGAAGAAAAAAGUUGGAAAUUUCAACACUAUAUGGAUUCGGUACGAUGUUAAUAGUUCCGACAGACAUCAAUUAUUCAUCAAGGCACAUUCAAUCAGAAAUCAAGAACCAGAAUAUCCAAGGGGAAAGACUCUCUUUGUGUUAAACAUCCCACCUUACGCUACAGUUGAAUCUGUGCAAAAAGCAUUUAACGUGUGUGGACAAGUUAAAUCUGUUAGUUUUGCAAAAAGUUCAAGCGGCUCAGAUGAUGGCUUUAAGACUGGAUAUAUUGUAUUUGCCAAAGAUGCAGGAUUGGACAAAGCUCUGUCUUUACAGUCAGAACACACACUGGUAUUAAGCACAAAAGAUGCAACUGUAUUGACAGGAAUGAAAAAGUGGUGCAAAGACUAUAAUGACUCCAUACAAGAUGAAAAAGAGAUAAAGAAAAAUAUUGAAGACUACAUGAAUGCAUACGAUCAGAAGGUUACAGCAAGAUUAGAAGCAGAAAAAGCAGCUGAAGAAGCAAAGGAUGAUGAAGGAUGGACUACAGUAACUGGUAGAAAGAAGAGAGGUCAAUUUGCUCUCGCGAGAAAAGAGUCUACAAUACAGAAGGUACAAGUAAAAGAAGAAAUGAAGAAACAAAAGAAGCAGUUGCUGAACUUCUACACUUUCCAAAUCAGAGAAGCUAAAAAACAGAAUUUGGCAGAUUUACGAAAGAAAUUUGAACUUGAUAAGAAAAAGUUGGAACAAAUCAAAUCAAAACGAAAAUUUAAACCAUUUUAAAAUAUUUAUAAAAAUAAAAUAUACUAGGCUAAUCAAUAAAAAUUUGUAUGUUUAACAAAUUCAUGUAUAAAUGAUUGCUUUUUUGUACACAAUCAUAUUUACCAAUUGUAAAUAAAUUUAUUUUUAAGCAGC